AUGGGGUCUUCCUUUCUGGACAUCCUCCAUGAUCCUCUGACCCGGAAGCUCCUAGGAUUCGACGCUGUCCACGCGGAGCAAACUCCAUUCGUCGGCGGUGUCACCUCAAGGCUGAAAUUCCUCCUCCACGACGCUACCAACCAUCUCUCGUUCCUCAAACUCGGAUAUACCGCGCUUGAGGCAUUUCUGCAAGCGAACGUCACCGGUCCGCCGCUCGACUUCGAUCCCGAAGAGGCUCUUUUCCCCGUAACAUACCGCAACGAGAGUCUCCCGUCACUCAAAGAGGCACUCUUCGAAUCUCUCUCGGUCGAUGGCAGUCGGCCCUAUCCUUUGACUCCACACAUCGAACUGUUUUGGCUGGCAAAGGUCAUCCUGUCCAAUCCCACCCUUGCCGACGAAGGCUUCAAUGGCCGGAGGGCACGCAUCAGAGUCAACUUCUGGCACCAGAAACUCCUGUCGGAGCCGUCACCCUCUCUCCGCGACAUCAUCUACUCGGAUGCUGACAUUCUUGAGCGCCAGCUCACAUCGCGUGUUGCCUCCCACAGCGCAGCUGCGGAAGAACACUUUGUCGAGUUUCUGGUCGAACGAGCCACCAUACGCACGUACUAUGGAGACGACGCCCUUGCCAGAACAGAUCUUGCCAGGGCGGCUACCACGCGGCGUUUCCAAUUCGCUGUAACAGGCGUGCUGGGCAAGCGCACCAAGUUCCAAGACCGAGAUAUAAGUCAGCUGGUUGUGCUGGCCAAAAGUACAGGGCAUGAGCAUGAUUCAGAAGCCCCCAGUACUCGCGAACCUACUAACCCCACGGGCGGCCAUGAGCACUCCUCAGCCCAACCAAGCAAACCCGAGAAUGUUCCUCUCAACGAUGACACUUUGCUCGAGCAAAUUCACUUCACAUCCGAGUCCACAUCGACAGCACCUGUGUCGGAAGAGGCCAUGACGCACGUGGUUACCAGCUCUUCAUUGCCUCCUCAAUUGGCCUCCCUCGACCCGUCCAACCAACCUCUGCUGUCUCCAAUUGACAGCGUUAUCCUCCUCGCCACUGCAACUAGCAUCUCCAAUACAUCCCCUGACGACGGUCUCCUACGAGAAGAGACACUGCCCUACGCAACCCGAGUACUUGAAGGCGGCUCGUCAAACUGGCAGGUCUACACCCAAGCUCUACUGGUCAGAAGCCGCAUCGAAGGAUACAGGUCUCGCACUACAGAGAGAGGACUGUUGCAGCUACAAGCGCUCGUCGAUCAGGUCAUUGCCGAAACAUCCGUAUCAGCAUCCCCAGCUUCGACAUCCGAGCCACCGCAGUCUGUACCACCCUCCACAUUCCUCCCGAAGCCCAAAGCCUCCGAAUCCGCAUCUGUUGCCGAACGUUUGAGGUACAUUUACCAACUAUCUCCGCCCUUGCGGUGGGAGCUAGAAGCCGAGCUCGCUGCUCGCUGGACUCAUAUGGGCGGGCUCAAAACCGCGUUGGAGAUCUAUGAGCGGUUGCAGAUGCAAGCAGAAAUUGCACUCUGUCUUGCCGCGACAGACCGAGAGCAAGAGGCCAUCGAAUUACUUCGAGGUCUACUGUUUGAGGAACCCGCGAAGGAAGAGAAGGCUUCGUCGUCUUCGAUAGCGACAUUGAAACUCCGUUCCCAGUCCCCCGCCGACUCACCUCGUCUUCUCUGCAUUCUGGGCGACAUCACCGGUCUACCGUCCUACUACACUCUGGCGUGGAAUGUCUCGUCGAACAGAUAUGCCCGCGCUCAACGCUCCCUGGGGCGACACUUCACCAAGAAGCGCGACUUUAACGCCGCAGCAGAGGCAUACACGCUGGCACUGGGCAUAUCCCGCCUCGAUCGCGCCAGCUGGUUCGCUCUGGGCUGCAUCCAGCUCGAGUUGCAAGAGUAUCAAGGCGCAACCGAAUCCUUUACACGCUGUAUCCAGCUCGAAGAUCAAGACGGCGAAGCAUGGUCGAAUCUGGCAGUGGCAUUGCUGAGACUCCCCAAGCCGGUGGCAGAGACACGUGGGUCCGAGUCCAAUGGAGACGGCACGGACACGACUACAGGUCAACCCACUGCCGAUCAGACUGGCGUAACCGGAGUAGCGGAGGAUGAGGAGGAACAAUCCGACGCUCUCCUAUCUCGAACCAGCGUCGAUCCCUACCAGCACAUCCGAGAGGCUCUGCGCGCCCUACGGCGUGCCGCCACGCUAAAACGCGACGACGCACGUAUAUGGGACAAUUACCUCACCGUGGCGGCGAGUAUCCCGCCGAGCGCAGGGACGCCAUGGAACGAAGUAGUCCAGGCUUUAGGGCGAGUGAUUGAACUGAGAGGGAAGAAGGAAGGAGAAAAUGCCGUCGAUUUGGGCAUUUUGAGGGUUCUAACCGAGUACAUCACUCGUGAGUGGGUGUAUCCUACCUCUUCUCUGGCGUCUGAGGAAGCCGAUGACCAAGGACAUGGAGCCGAGCCUGAAUCUAAGCCUGAAACACAACCGACCUCAGCGUCCGCCGCUCCAGACUCGGGCCCCGCAAAGCUGCCGUAUCUCGCACGAUCCUUCCUCGCGCUCAUCGACACACAAGUCGCGCCGCUCGCAACUUCAUCGCCGCCGCUGUACGAUCUGCUGUGCUCGAUAUCCGAGUGGCGCGCCCGACCCAGCCAGGCUCUGCAGUACGCGGAAAAGGCGUGGCGCGCACACCUGACGAGCGUGUCUGCCGCCGAAACCUUCGACCAGGUCAGCGCAUCACAGUGGGCCAGCGUCGUCGACAAGACCAUCUGGCUGAUCCAGCGAUACCGAGACCUCGGCCCGCGCGAGCGAGAACGCACUGGCGGCCAGGUCGAGCCCAAAUGGCGCUUCAAGGCGAAAAGCGCGGCCAGGAGGGUGCUGGGCCGCGGGAAGCAGUGGGAGGAGACGGACGCGUGGGCCAGGCUCAAGAAUGAGAUGGAUGCCCUGAAUGAAUGA